UUUCAAGGUGAUGAGACUGCUAAGGAGGUGUUAGAUUAUAAUAAAAGAUCUUUCUGGGUUCGAUAUUUCUGGUUGAGUGCACGGUUAUCAAUUUUGGAGGACAAAAAAGCUAAAGCACUUGAAGAACUUUUCAAGUGUGUGUCAUUGUUGGACAAGGAAGGUAUUGGAGAAGCUCCUGUCUUAAUUCAGCUGCCUCACUGCAGAAGAACUCCAGAGCUGAACAUCGACACAAUCAUUCAUGAAAUAAAUCUGCUUAAGAUUGAUUUGUUGUUGGAAAAUACUAUACCUGAGAUGAUGGAGAAAGAAGUUUAUUCGGAGUGUGUAAAUUUACUUUCACCUCUUUUAUUUUCAAAUAAAGACAUCUUGCCUGCAUACGCUUUGAAAAUGGAAGAAGGGAUCUCCUCUGUUGAGUUAUCAGCACUUGACGUUUUAAUAAAAGCAUGCCAGAUGAGUAAGCCU